GCCGAAGCCGAGGCCGCCAGUGGCUCAGACGCGGCGGGACCAUGGCGACCCUGGGCCUCCGCCUCUACCAGAAGACAGACCCCAACGCUGACUUUGCGGUGCUGCUGGAGAACAAGAAGACCAAGAGCAGUCUACUAUUCCAGGCAGGGACCGUCGCCACCCUCUCUCAGCCCGAGACAGAUGCAGUGCGGAGUGACCACUAUGGCCGGCUGCUGGAUGCAUAUGGGUGCCUCGGGGUGCUGCAGGUCUGCCCCCCCAUCGUGUUUCCAAUCUUGGACCCCCCUGUUGAAUACUCAUGGAUUUCGUGGGAAGGGGAGAACACGCAGCUGUACCUGGUGGUGGCAACGAAGUGUGUGCGUGUAUGCGUCACCCAGGGCACCGCCAUCUACCGCCUUCAGGACAUCGACAUCAUCUCUCUACACUCCAUGAGGCCUCCCAACUAUAAGCCUCAGGAGGAGGAGUCAUGGAUCAAGGAAACCAAGAAGCUGCUGUCCAACGAGAGCUUCUACUACAGCACUCUGGGGCCCGGGUCAACCAGCAGCGAGAUCCUGGACAUUACUCUGUGUGCCCAGCGAAGAUACACCACAGCAGCCACCACUGACAAUAGAUUCUUUUGGAACCGGAUGCUGCACCUCCACCCAAAGCGGUUUGGCGUGGACUGCGACCAGUGGCUUAUCAAGGUGAUGUGUGGCAGCGUGGAGUUUUCUUCCCUCUACAUGAACAACCACUCACCCAAGAUACUCAUCAUCUCUAGGCUAAGCUGCGAGAGGGCUGGCACGAGGUUCAUGGUGCGAGGGGUCAACGAUGGGGGUCACGUGGCCAACUUUGUGGAGACGGAACAGCUCAUUCACAUCGACACCAUGGACGACCUGGUGCUCUCCUACAUUCAGACGCGCGGCACUGUGCCACUCUUCUGGGAGCAGCCGGGCCUUAACGUCGGGUCACACAAGGUCAGGAUGUCCCGGGAGCCCGAGGUGUCAGUGAAGGCAUUCCAGAAGCACAUGAGGUUCCUAAGAGAGCGGUACGGCCGGCAAGUGGUGUUGAACCUGCUUGGCACCGGCGUGACGGGGCGCAGCCAGGGCGAGGCGGCACUCUCACACUUGUUCCAGAUCCAGCACCUCAACUGCCCAUGGAGCAAGGACUCGCCGCAUAUCGUGUUUGACUUCCACCAGGAGUGUCGCGGCGCCGGCCCCGAUGCGCUGGCCAAGAAGCUGCAACCACGGAUAAAGAACGAAAUAGAGACCUUUGGAUACUUCACUAUACGAAAGGGACAAGUGCAGUCGCUUCAGCGAGGGACAAUGAGAACAAACUGCCUCGACUGCCUGGACCGAACCAACAGAGUCCAGACCUAUCUUGGCCUGGACACUCUGAACAAGAUGCUGGAGUACCUCGGUGUCUCAAACAAUGGCGUGAUCGUCCAGCGCUUCACCAGCAAGCUUGAGGAGAUGUGGAAGGAUAAUGGCAACAGGAUUAGCCAGAUUUACGCAGGUACCGGAGCACUUCAAGGCUCAAAGCUGAUUGAUGGGGCGAGGUCUGCCGCCCGGACAUUCCAAAACAACAUCCUGGACAGCAGCAAGCAGGAGGCCAUUGACAUCCUGCUACAUGGGAAUCUACUCAACAACUACCUGGCGGUCCACUCACGCUCCCUGCUGCCCUCUGCAUUCUUGUAUGCCCCCAUCAGUGUGCUGCGGCAGCUUUGUGAACGCUGUGACCAGUACACCACUCCACUGCCCUUCAGAGUGGCUGUGGGCACCUACAAUGUCAACGGUGGCAAGCACUUCCGCAGCCUGGCCUACAAGCACCUCUCCCUUGAUGACUGGCUGCUGGACUGCCAGAGGAACACCCUCCAGAGCUCUUUGGUGGACACCACUCCAGAGGAGGAGGCAGCCCACCACGACCGCGUGCCUGAUGUCUUUGCCAUAGGCUUUGAAGAAAUUGUAGACUUGAAUGCCACAAACAUUGUGCAGAACACACAGUGGUCUGAGAAUGCUGCCUCUUGGGGAAAAGAGCUUCAGAAGGUCAUUUCUCGGGAUGAAAAGUUUGUGAUGGUGACGUGGUCUCAGCUGGUGGGAGUGGCGCUGUUUGUGUUUGUCAACGAGCGGCACGCCGGCCACGUGAAGCACGUCUCCGUGGAGAGUGUCAAGACUGGCAUGCAGGGCGCCACAGGCAACAAGGGCGGCGUGGGCAUCAGGAUGGUGGUCCGUAACACUUCCAUGGCCUUUGUGUGUUCCCAUUUUGCCGCCGGGCAGAAAGAAGUUAACGAACGUAACAACGACUAUGACAGCAUCGCCAGGAAGAUGAUCUUUCCUCUCGGCAUCCCGCUGUGGGCUCACGACUAUGUGUUCUGGUGUGGCGACUUCAACUACAGAAUCAACUUGACCCGCGAUGAAGUGAUUGACUACGUGCAGCGGCGGGAGUGGAGUCAGCUGCUGCAGUACGACCAGCUCAAGAUAAGCUAUGCAGACGGGAAGUGUUUCAAGGGCUUCAUCGAGGGGGAGAUCAACUUCGCCCCCACCUACAAGUACGACCUGUUCUCCGACGACUACGACACGGGAGACAAGCAGCGCAUCCCCGCCUGGACCGACCGUGUCUUGUUCUGGCGCCGGCAGUACCCUAAGGACCGGGACAAUGCCAAGUGGACCCCAGGACGCAUCACCCACUACGGACGAGCAGAGCUGAAGCAGAGUGACCAUCGGCCGGUGUUGGCAGUGAUUGAGGUGGAGGGCUGCCAGGUGGACUACGCCAAGCAGACACAGGACUACGAGAGUGUGGUGGCCUCUUUGGGACCCUCCGACUGUACGGUGGUGGUGCAGCCGCCAGAAGAGGAGGUACGCAACUUGCCCGAGGGCGUUGAUGCGGACUCAGUGUUUGAUGAUGAGACGCUGAGUGCAGUGCAGGAGGCCAUGGGUGCUGUGGGCUCUGUGGUGCUGGUGCGGUUCGUUGACAAUAGAGUGUGGUUCACCUUCAGCGACUCACAGACAGCACUCAAGGCUAUCUCCUGCAGUCCCUUGAAGGUGGGUGGGCAGGAGCUGGAGAUCCGGCUGAAGACUGAGGCGUGGCGGGAGCGGCUGGAGCAGGAGUUGUCCCUUUGCGGCGACACCACGGCGCCCCUGGUGGAGGAGGACAUGACUCUCAUGCAGCUGGAAGACCAAGACCCCACAGUGUGCCUCAGGAGCAUGGAAGGUGCCUUGGAGGAGCUGUACCAGAGCCAGGCAGAUGGGGAGGAGCAGGACAUGGAGGAGGAUGAAGAGAUGGGGGACCAGCAGCAGCAAACCCCGCGAGUACCACCCUCCCGGCCUACCCCCUCUCGCCCCCCACCACCCAGGCCCACUCCUCCAGGCUCGGCACCCAGCUCCCCUGCACCAGCCCGCCCACAGCCUCAAGGACCAAAGGUACUGGUCAUCACCAAGCCCUCUCGGCCAGCCCAGUCCCAAGACCCUCCCCAGAGGCCACCCGGAGAUCCUGCAGGACCCCCAGAGAAGCCUGUACGACCCUCUCGGCCUGCUCCCCCACCCCAGGUUUCAGCCCCAUCACAGCCCCCUGCCCCUUCCCAGCCCUCAGUCCCAUCACAGUCCCCUGCCCCUUCCCAGCCCUCAGUCCCAUCACAGCCCCCUGCCCCUUCCCAGCCCUCAGUCCCAUCACAGCCCCCUGCCCCUUCCCAGCCCUCAGUCCCAUCACAGCCCCCUGCCCCUUCCCAGCCCUCAGUCCCAUCACAGCCACCUGCCCCUUCCCAACCUGCAGCCCCAUCCCAGCCUAAGGAAAGUCCCCCAGGCCCCUCACCUCCCUCAGAGACCCCAGUCACCAGUACCAUAUUUGGGGGCCCCCUGGCAAGUCCCCCUGAUGUUCCACCUCAGAUGAAUGAGAAACCCUCUGUAUCCCCCUUUGGUGCUCCUCCUCCCAUGCCAGACAACUUUCCUCCCCAGGGGUCCUCUGCUCCCCAGCCUGCCUCACCCCCCCAGCCUGCCUCACCCCCUCAGCCCAUCACAUCCUCACCACCCAAGGCUCCCUCCCUCCCCACCAGACAAAGUGAACCUCAACCUGUCCCCACCGGCUCAGAAAACCAAGAUAUUUCCACGGAUUACCCACCUUCUGAACCUCCCCCCGGCCCUCCCCCUGGCCCUCCCCCUGGCCUUCCUCCUACUCUCCAAUCCAAUGGCCCUCCCUCAGUCCCCUCUCGCAGCCUGCCUCCUGUACCAGGCAGGACCAGUGCUGCCCCUCCCCCUAUCCCCACCAGAACUCUUCCUCCUGUUCCAGCAAGAAACCUUCCCCCUGUCCCUCCUAGAAAGUAAGUCUGCCCACCAAACCCUUCACUGCCUAGUCAUGGGCCAGCACCAAAGAAACAAGUUGUUUGCCCCUCUCUGCAUAUUUGUGUGUGUGUGUGUGUGUGUGUGAAUGAAUGCAAGCUGAUUUGUUUGGGUGUGUGGUUUUCAGCCAGGCGGUGUUGUGUAAGCUUACCAUCGCUGCAUUGAGCAAAGGGUAAUCUUGUUGACCAUAGUGAAUAUUUGCUAGAGGGCCUCAAAAAUUCCUGUACUUUGUUUUGGAGGGUUUCUGUCCUGACAACUCCCUUCCUAAGGACCUGAAGUUGCCUCUGAUGGUUUGAUGAAUGCAUUUGUAUGUGUGUGUCUGGAUGUGUGUCUGGUAAUCCUCAUUUAACUUGCUGUGUUGUGAAGGGUCAUCUAGUUAGGCAGUGAAAUGUUUUCUCUAAUCCCCCCCGAAAGUGCUUCCAAGGGAUGCUUCAAGUCACUUAGUCUAUAACUGCUUAAUAUUACAUGUCACAACUCAGUAUGUACUCAUAUAUGUCCAAACACUUGUGUGUUUAUGCAGAACCAAAAUCCACUGUCUGGGCUUCAUGUUUGCUACAUAUUGUAUGAUCUCGCUUUUCUCAGAUUUUUUAGUGUGAUAGAAAAAGAAUAAGAACAGGUUUCCUAAAGCUGAUACCAAGCUGACUGCACCCAAAGUAAUGGAGUGUACUUGUAGGUGUUAUGUUGAUAAACUAAUUUACUUGGAAACUGAUGACAAAGGUGUGUUGUGAGGUGUGAACUUGUUACAAACAACUGGACAGUGAAGUAGAGAGAGAGAGAGAGAGAGAGAGAGAGAGAGAGAGAGAGAGAUAUGGUAUUGUAAGGGCUGGACUGGAGUAUUCAGUUAAGGAGCUUAAACGUAAAUAUGUGGAGACCAUUUUCCCAUGGUGACUCCCUUAGGAGGUGCUGAGAAAAUGGCAUAAGAAGAAAAAAUGAAGGUGCAUAUAACACUUGCUACACUCAGCUGCAUGUGCAGAGACUGACAAAGCCCUCAUUCUGUUUGCUUGAGGGCUAAGUUCUUUCUAGUCACUGAUAUUACAAUUGACUCAUUAUUGUCAGUUGACAGAAAACUCAUCCACAGAUAUUAGGGACACAAAUUAGAGUUGCAUAUCACUACAUAGUAGGUGAGUAAGUUGUACUGAGCUGCAAGGCUCCUUGGCAGUGAUGACUAGCUGUAGAGUCCACUGUGUUUCACUGCAUGGCAGAGAUUUAGGGAGAUGGUCACAGUCAUUUGCAUAUGCUAUGUUUUUUGUUUAAUGUCCGAAGUGAUGGAUGCCUCACACAAAGAUACAGCCUCAAGCUGCACUCAAUAAUAUUUAGUUUCCAAAAAUGGAAAGUUAACGCUUGUAAAUACUUACCUGGUUUAAGGGACAGAAAUUGUGAAUUUUCAUAUAUGGAAAAAAAUAAGGAAGUCAUGGAGAGGUGGUGUUAAGCAGUUCCAUCUGAUACGGCUGCCAUAAUUAUAAUGACUGAUUUGGCAUAAUUUGUUUGUCAUAAUAUGUUGUGCCCAAUAUUUCUUAGUAGCACUGUAAACUGGAAAGCCCAUGAUAACCUAAGGGAUGUUUUGUAAAUUGAGUUAAACACCUAUGUAUUUAUUUGUAAAACAUACCAUGUAUGUUCAUGUUACAGGGAUGUCAACAUUUGUUUGUGUUGUUAUAGAAGUGUGUGAAGCAUUUUAAAAUGUAAGUAGUGUUCAUAUUGAAUGUUUUUAUAUUAGAGAUUUACAUGCAUAUGUUUUAUGAAAGUUAUUUGCUCACAUCUUCAUGGCCCUUCACUUUAGAAACAACAUGAGGUCUGUGAUUUACACUUAAAAGGACAGUAAAAAGCUGCCCAUUAUAUAAUAAUUAUUGUUAUGAAUUAAUAAGUUGUAGUCCUCACGCUUCCAGUCCUCUCCUGUCUAAUUAUCAAACAUCAUUGUGGGAAACACAUGAGGCAGCAGAACUGACUCUGGACAAUUUUAAAUGCUGGUGUCAGAUGAGUGACAGCAUCUCAUGGUGGUGUUUGCAUAUGAGUUUGAGCUUCUCUCCGGAAAACACCUCCAGGCUGAUCCAUACACUCCACUUGGUGGACCAGUAUGUAACAGAUCCAAAUGAAGCAGCCUAAUAAUCAUUAUUAGUUCAACUAAUUGUCCAAUAGCUAUAUGGUGGGUUUUGAAAAAUUUUUGAAAAUACAUUUUAUCAUAUCAUCCUAACUUUAUGCUAGUGAAACCUCUUACAAUGUCUGAUAAAUUCAGGGAAUCACGUUAUUCUCAUUUAGUUUUCUAUCAUUUAUGUGCAAUAUUCCCACUCACAACUUCCCAUGGACAUCAUUUACCUUGGCUGCUGCUCAGGGGCAACAGUUGGUCCCCAACCAGCAGGAAGACUGACAAGAGCCAUCCAUGACUGACAUUACAUUAAAGUUUUAUUUAUUGUGGGUGGCAGUGUUUGUCACAUCUCUGUGAAUCACACCGUGGAAAACAAACACUGGAGUACAAAGAGCAGAAAAUAAGCAGGCAUACUUUCUCUGUUCACAAGAAAUGAGUUUGCACUUGAAAGGAGGGAAUUGGUUGUAAAAUAUACAUGUUUAAAAUACUUAAUAUUAAGAGAUGUUAUGUGAGUCAGUUUUAUUUAUUUAUUUAUUUUUUUUUUUUUAUGAAAACUUAUUCAAAUUACGUACAAGGUUGCCAUGCUCUCAAGAAAACCAUUUCAUGAGGUAAAUUAAUAUAAGAUUGGUAAACUGUCGAAGGUACACAAGCAUUGCUUGAGGUCACAAGAACCCCCCAUUUUUACACUAACCUAAGUAUGUAAAGGUAGCCUGCACAGCUUGUGGUCACUGCCCCAAAGUAAUGACACAUGAAUGAUGCCAUGUAUUGAGCAAGAGAGCAUUUAUUUACUGAAUGUUAUAUUGCUAGUCAUGCUUUACUAGUGAUCUGUUUUGUCUAUUGAAAGUCUACCAAAUUGUUGUUAAACUGUUGAUGGAAAAUAUUGUAAACAAUGCCUUUUAACAUUCCAAAGCUAGAUUAUGUGUGAUUGGUUGAUGAGUGUUUGUAUGGUGUCAGUGGUGAUGGCUGGGACAUGUACCUUUAUAACACACACACACACACACACACACACACACAAGGCUAGUCUAACUACUCCAUAUAAAUACAGACAGAGGAUACAAUGGAAAUGGGUGCCUCUAAACAUCAUUUUGCUUAGGGCUCCAAGAACACUAGAACUUGGUAUACACACGCACGCACACACAUACCUGGAUUCACUGUGUGGUUGAAGUGACUGAUUACCAUUAUAACUUAACAUUCCUCUUGUCUUCUAAAAGUUGUUGUUCCUUCAGUGUGUGUCGAGACGGGUGUACUCUACUGUUAAGGGUGAUGCAAGGUAACAGUAUUGGGCUAGAGGCGGGAGGUACCACACUAUAACCACCAUAAGUGUAGUAUUGUCCAUGGUUGUUGAGUGAUGUUUGUUGUAAUCUAGUUUGUAGAUAUGUAAAAUACAUAAUGAUAAUAUACUGGAAAUAAAUAUUGAUCAAAAUCCAAACAGCAUCCCAUCUUUCUCACUCCAUAAAUGCUCUGCCUGUAUGUAGUCUGAUGGAGAGAACUUGUUGCAGGGCAAGGAAUGGCUGGUUCUGGACCAAAGGGGAUUAUAGUCUUGCAGGUGUUCCAGGCUCCAUUCGAGGGGUUAGACCAGCUGGUAUGCCGUCCCUCAGCAAGACCUUUUGCCUUAAUCAUGUAGACCCACAGCCAGCCCACUCAGCAAGACAAUUUGUAGAUUGUAAGACUAACAUUAUGAAAGGGAGUGUACUCGGGGAUGCUCCACUAAAGGUAUCCCUCGUAUUGGCAUCUCCAAGGUAUGUUUCUUUUGUAUAUUUUGUGUGCCCACCACCACCUAAGCCAGCUAUUCAUUACUGCAGGGAAGUGAGGGUCACACAGCAAAAGUGUUCUGCAUUUGAGGGGUUUGGUCAUUCCUGGUACAGGAGUGUACAGAUGUUAAUUUUGGAGCCACUAUACAGUAUUCAUGGUCUUUAGCCUUUCCUAGGUCACUGAAGGCCUUCCACAAUGUUCUCUGGCUGUUUGAUGUCAGCCAAGAAUUUUCUAUUUUCUGGACUACCAUUGUAUAUUGGUAGCAGCAGGAUGGCAGGUUGGACAACAUUCCCUACAGAGGGGGGCAGAUCACUUGAGUGUCACAUAGUAGCCUACAUUUUCCCUUAAGUAUGUAUUGUCCACGCAGUCUUGAAGAACUUCUGGUGUCACACUCCCAUAGUAAAUUACCGAUAUAUUAGUUACCAAUCCAUAUAGCAAUGUCCGAUAUUUUAGGAAAA